AUGGCCAUGUUGAGACAUGUCGUCGGGACUUCUCGGCCAGCGUGGCAGAGUUCUCGCACUUGGCGCGGGUUUGCAACCACUGCUUUUACCGUACCUGCGCAGAACUCGACCCCAGAACAGACCUUAUUUGUGGCGGGGCUGAACGAGGGCAAGUUCUUUGGCCAGGACGGUGCCGAAGAAGCCCUCAAGAUGGUGGAGCGCAUUGCCGAUCACAGCCCAAAGUACACUUUGCUGUUCGGGAUUCCGGAAAGAAGGUAUGAAAACUUGGAGCAAGAUCAUCGCACCAAAGAUGGAAGGUUGACCCCAAGCCGGCAGUUGGAAGGAAUCCGGCAUUGUGAGAUGAUCCCGAUCAUGCAGGCUGGUAUGGUGGAUAAAUGUCCACGAAAGCCAAUUGGGCGAUCGGUCUACACAGAUCAGGUGCACGUGGCAUGGAUGUUGUGGACGCAUCCGAGGGAAGCUUUGAAAGUUUAUUGGGCUUUUUGGCGCAGAAAAAAUUACAAGGACCGGGAGUCGUGCAAGUUUUGGAUGACCCAUUUUCCGGCAUCUGCCUCCAUGUUCUUUGAGGAGCGUGCACACAUCAUCGCAAUCAGAGCCAUUGAGCACAUCAUGGAGUUGCGCAAGCAGGACCUCUUGUUGGGAGCCUUCGGACUUCCAGGUAUCUUCAGACUAAUUUGUGCUUGCUUUGUUUGCUCGUAA